AUGUCAGGACUCGCAGGUGCCAACGAUAAGGAGAGGCUCGACAACCUCAUCGUCAAGACCCACAAGGAGCAGGCCGUCUGGUUCCUCAACGCCUUUUGGGAGGAGUUUGCGCAGAAGGAGGCCGAGAAGGUGUGGUCGUUCGUGCACAAGGCCGUCGAGCUGGACGAGGCCAAGCGCGCCGAGGGCUCGGACUUGGACGAGUUCCAGGCCCACCGCUUCCUCGAGUUCUUCAAGGAGACCCUCACCGUGCAGGCCAUGCGCGACAAGCUACGGUCCACCGGCGCCAUCGUCGGCCAGGUCAAGCGCGUUCCGCUCACCCAUCUCCUCAUCUUUAAGUACAACGCCGACUGGCACACGCUUGUCAACGCCCCGCAGGGCAGCCGCGAAGAGAUCGCCAAGGCCCAGAAGAUGCUGGAUGAGGUGUCGGAGGCCUUUGCCGCGGCCGAGGCGCGCAACCAGGAGGCCGCCGAGGCCCUGCGCGCGGCGACGGCCCAGGAGGCGGAGGCCAAGCGCCGCGAGGCCGACGCCAAGGAGCGCGAGGCGGAGGCCAAGAGGCGCGAGGCUGAGGCCCAGCGGUCGGCGGAGGAGGCCAAGCGCACCGAAUCGGAGGCCAAGUCGCGCGAGGCCGACGCCCGCGCGCGCGAGGACGAGUUGCAGGCGGCCAAGGCCGAGCUUGAGUCGGCGCUGAACGAGCUCAAGGCCCAGGAGGACGCCUUCAACGGCCGCACGGCCGAGCUGCAGCGCCUGUCCGAGGAGGGCUCCAUCGUGCAGAAGAACAAGGCCAAGAACGAGCUCGCCCAGCACCUGUCGUCGGACCCGCUGCCCCUCAGGCGCGCCAAGAUUACGCAGGAGGCCGCCGUCAAGAAGGCCGACCGCGCCGCCCAGGCGGCCAAGGAGGCCACCGACCAGGCCUCCGCCGCGCGCGCCGCCGCCGAACAGGCCAGAGUGCAGGCCGAGGAGGCUGCGCACCAGGCGUCGCAGGCGCGGGCGAUCGCUGAGGAGGCGGCCCGGCAGGCGUCGCAGGCGCGGGCCAGUGCCGAGCAGGCCCGCCAGCGGUCCGAGCAGGCCAAGGCCGCGGCCGAGGAGGCCGUCGAGGAGGCACGCAGGAAGCUUGAGGAGGCCGAGGCCUAUCUCGAGGAGGCCAAGAAGAAGAUGCCCCACGGCGCCACCUGGUGGAUGGAGCGUGAGCUGCAUGAGAAGCGGGCCUACCUGCCCAAGAGCCGCGGCGGCUUCAACCCGCGCGAGCAGCAGUAA